CAUGAUGGAGAGGAUUGCCAAUGAUGCAGCGUGCUCAACAAUGGGCCUUGGUUUCUUAGCGCGCACACCCAGUUAUUAUAAGGCAUUGCGUCAUCUACGAAAUUUUAUGAACAAGCUAAUAGAAAAGAAUGCAAACAACAAUAUUAGUUCCAGUAGCAGUGAACCUUGGGCGAAAGGCGAAGAAGCGAUGAACUCAUUUUUAGACACGGCCUUGAAUUAUUACUGUCGAGGGCAUUUGAAAAAAGAAGAUGUUAUCAUCGAAUCUAUUGGCUUGAUUGGCGCGUCAUUUGAAACAGUGGCCACGGCCAUAUAUUCGGUUUUGGUUAUGUUAGCUAUGCAUCCGGAUGUACAGGAAAAUCUUUUUCGUGAAACCUAUGCGCUAUUUCCUCAAAAGAACAUUGAAGUUACAUAUGAUCACCUGAAACAGGCGCCUUACCUGGACAUGGUAGUGGCCGAAACAUUACGCCUUAUGCCGUCCAUACCAAUUAUCGGACGGCAAGCAAUACGCAAAGCCAGAUUAACGUCGGAGAUAGAUUUAUCACCGAAUAUGCAAGUGAUAGUGCCUAUUUUUAGCUUGCAUCGCUCUAAAACCUGGUGGGGGGCACAGGCUCAUCUUUUCAAUCCUAAUAACUUCACGCCUGAAAAUAUUGCUAAACGGAAUCCGUAUGUAUACAUGCCGUUCUCGAAGGGCGCAAGAAAUUGUAUAGGUAAGUGUUGAAACCCCUCUAAAUAA